AUGUCAAAACACUCAUAUGAUCAUGGUGUAGUGAUUAUACAAUGUCCUUCAUGUAAUAAUAAUCAUUUGAUAGCUGAUCAUUUAGGAUGGUUUCGUGAUGGUAAAACAACUAUAGAAGACUUGAUGCUUGAAAAAGGUGAAAAGGUUUUGAAAUUUAUUGCAGAUGAGAAGUUUGAAUGGAAUUCUGAGACAAUUGGGAAGGGAAAAUUGAGAAUAAAAUUACAAAAAAAUUCAAUCAAAGGAAAAGAAUGGUAG